GCGAGCGAGCGCCCGGCUGCAGUGCACUGACUCCUGCCUACUAGAAGAUCGAGCAAGAAACUAAGGGCAGUGUAGAGAGAGGGAGAAGUAGCUGCAGUAGCAAGAGCCGCUAUAGCUAGAGACAGAGACAGAGAGAGAUCUAGAGAGAGAGAGAGAGAGAGGCAACAGUAAGGAAUGAUGGCAAUAUGAUUCAUGGAUGGAUCGACCAUGGACAUAUGGACGACGCGAAGGCGAUCCCCCAAAUUUCGCUCGGCCUUGCUGGGCGGCAAGUACCCACACCCCAUUAUAAAAGUGCGCGCCUUUCCUCCCCUGCCACCAGCUUCUUCUUCCAUCGAUCUCUUUCCUCCUCCUCAUCGUCGUCUUCCUCCCUCCCUCCCUCACCUGUAGCAAGCUAGCUAGCAGCUACACACUCACCACCAGCUCGCCGGCCAAUUGAGCCGUGUGUGUAGAAGCGAGCGAGCGAGCGAGAGAGAGAGAGAGAGAGAGAGGUACAGGACGAAGAGCUAGCCGGCGAGGUACAGGAUCAAUGAGCAUCUCGGUGAACGGGCAGUCGUGUGUGCCGCCGGGGUUCCGGUUCCACCCCACGGAGGAGGAGCUGCUCAACUACUACCUCCGCAAGAAGGUCGCCUCCCAGGAGAUCGACCUCGACGUCAUCCGCGACGUCGACCUCAACAAGCUCGAGCCAUGGGACAUCCAAGAGAAAUGUAAGAUCGGGUCCGGGCCGCAGAACGACUGGUACUUCUUCAGCCACAAGGACAAGAAGUACCCGACGGGGACGCGCACGAACCGCGCCACGGCGGCCGGCUUCUGGAAGGCCACCGGCCGCGACAAGGCCAUCUACAACGCCGUCAAGCGCAUCGGCAUGCGCAAGACGCUCGUCUUCUACAAGGGCCGCGCCCCGCACGGCCAGAAGUCCGACUGGAUCAUGCACGAGUACCGCCUCGACGACCCGGCAGCUUCCGGCGACGCCGCCGCCACGGUCGCCGCCGCCGCCGCGUCGUCGGACGCCGGCCAGGAGGACGGCUGGGUGGUGUGCAGGGUGUUCAAGAAGAAGCACCACCACAAGGAGUCGGGAGGCGGCGCCGGCAGGCACGCGCACGGCAGCGGCGGCGGGGGCGAUGGUGGCAAGGCUGCGGCGGCGGCGGCGGUGGCGGCGCACCACGGCCUGCAGUACUCCUCCAGCGACGACGCGCUCGACCAGAUCCUGCAGUACAUGGGCAGGUCGUGCAAGCAGGAGCACGAGCAGGUCCUCUCGCCGCAGGGCGGCGGCGGCGGCGCGGGGGGGCCGAGGUACCUCCGGCCCAUCGACACCGUGCUGGGCGGGCACGGGUUCAUGAAGCUGCCCCCGCUGGAGAGCCCGUCGGCCGCGCUGACGCCGCACCUCUCGGCAGCCGGCGACGCGGCGGCGUCCGCGGGGGACGACCUCCUCCACGGCUCCGGGACGACGAACGGGAUCACCGACUGGGCCAUGAUGGACCGGCUGGUGGCGUCGCACCUCAACGGGCAGGCGGCGGCCGACGCCGCAGCGCCGGCGAGCCAUCAGCUCUGCUUCGACGACGGCCCGGGCGCCGACGACGCGGACGGGCUCGCCUUCUACGCCGCCGCCACCACGAGGCUCCUCGCCGGCGGCGGCUCCAGCGACGACGACCUGUGGAGCUUCACGCGGUCGUCGGCUGCGCCGGGCGCUGCCGCCACGUCGACGGAGCGGCUGAGCCACGUGUCGCUGUAGCCGUCGGCCGUCGCCGGCCUAGCUACUACAUACGUAAAGCCCCUCAGUAGCUACUAGGAGUACGUACUACGUGACAUGGCGAGCAGCUGCAUGCCCUGCUACUGCCUUGGUACAGUAAAGAGACAAGCAACGCCAACAACACCAAGAAGAAAAGAGAGAAAGGGAAGAAAAUAAAAGGAAGAUCUCUAGAGAGAGAGUGUGUGUGUGAUUUCAAAGGUGAUUAGAGUGAUGAGAGAGAAAGGAGCUGAUGAGCAGAAAGGAAUGGGCGAUUGAUGAUAGCAGGUUAAAGGUGGCGGUAAGUUGGAGUGGCACUGUCAAACGCUGCUGUGUCGAUCUCUGUUUAAUUAACCCCCCGAUUAUGGUUGUAAUCACAAUAUUAAUAGCAAGACUGUUACUUAUAACUAGAUCGAUCGAUACAACAUUAUAGUACCUGUCAAUCACUGUAUUAUUAUUGCUAGCUAGCUAAUAAUCCUUCAUUUCAA